AUGAGUAAGCACGCCAAGUCCCAGAGCACCUACGCUUUCGAGAACACCAGCACCAGCGUUGCUGCGUCGCAGAUGAGGAAUUCCCUCAACAAGAUGAUCGACGCCGUGGAAGAUCCCAAGGUCAGGGCCAAGUUCGAGGUCGAGAUGGACUCGUUCUUCUCUCUGUUCAGACGCUACCUAGCCGACAAGGCCUCCGGUACGACCCUGGACUGGAACCAAAUCCGUUCUCCUACUCCCGACGAGGUUGUUGCCUACUCGAGCUUGCAAAACGCAGAUAAUAGCAACCUUUCGAAAUUGGCGGUGUUGAAGCUGAACGGAGGUCUGGGUACCUCAAUGGGCUGUGUGGGUCCCAAGUCUGUCAUUGAGGUGAGAGAUGGCCAGUCGUUCUUGGAUCUGUCUGUUCGCCAGAUCGAGCAUCUCAACAAAACCUACGACACGGACGUGCCAUUGCUGUUGAUGAACUCGUUCAAUACCAACGACGACACCCAGAUCAUUGUCAGAAAGUACCAGGGCCACCGUAUCCGGAUCAGAACCUUCAACCAGUCCAGAUAUCCUAGAGUGUUCAAGGACUCUCUUUUGCCUGUUCCGCAAUCUUUCGACGACAAACUGGACGCUUGGUACCCGCCAGGACACGGAGACCUGUUUGAGUCUCUUGUCUCCUCUGGCGAGCUGGACGUUCUGCUGGAGCAGGGCAAGGAGAUCUUGUUUGUGUCCAACGGUGACAACCUGGGUGCCACCGUCGACACCAAGAUUCUGAACCACAUGGUCGAGACCGGUGCUGAGUAUAUUAUGGAGCUGACAGACAAAACUAGAGCCGACGUCAAGGGUGGAACUCUGAUCAACUACAACGGCCAGGUCAGACUGCUCGAAAUUGCCCAGGUUCCUAAAGACCACGUCGAGGACUUCAAGUCCAUCAAGAAGUUCACAAACUUCAAUACCAACAACCUGUGGAUCAACCUGCGUGCUAUCAAGCGUCUGGUGGAAGCCAACGCUUUGGAAAUGGAGAUCAUUCCAAACAGCAAGUCUAUCAGCGUUGGAAACUCGGAGAUGCAGGUGUUGCAACUGGAGACUGCUGUUGGUGCUGCCAUCAGACACUUCAAAGGUGCCCAUGGUGUGGUUGUUCCAAGAUCCAGGUUCUUGCCAGUCAAGACCUGUUCCGACCUGAUGCUUGUCAAGAGCGACCUGUUCAACCUGCAACAUGGUGCCUUGAAGCUCGAUAGUGCCAGAUUCGGCGGCGCUCCGUUGAUCAAGCUGGGAUCGCACUUCAAGAAAGUUUCCAACUUCCAGCAACGUAUCCCUCACAUGCCAAGAAUUCUUGAACUCGACCAUCUUACCGUCACAGGUAACGUUUACUUUGGCAGAGGUGUCCAGCUUAAGGGUACCGUGAUCAUUGUCUGCUCCGAUGGUCAGAGAAUCGACAUUCCUAACGGCUCCAUUCUGGAGAACGUCGUCGUCACAGGUAAUCUGACCAUCUUGGAACAUUAA